AGGAAUCAACGAACUUCUACAAGUUGGGAAAAAAAUUAUGGUUAGUAAUGUUGUUCCAAAUCAAACUAAUGGUGUUCGUCGUAGAAAAGCAAAAGUUACAAUGCAUACCUUGAUAUCAGAAACAUUGCCUCUUGAUGUAGCUGCUAGAUUAGAAAUGAAAGCCUUACCAAAUAAGACACCCGUAUCUAUUUUACAAGAAUUAUUAUCUCGCAGGGGUACAACACCCACUUAUGAGCUUGUUCAAAUUGAAGGUGCCAUUCAUGAACCAACAUUUUGUUAUCGUGUCACUGUUGCUGAUGUUGUUGCUAUGGGAACUGGAAAGUCUAAGAAAGAAGCAAAACACAAUGCUGCUAAGUCUGUGCUCGAUAAGUUAAUUGCAGUAAACAAUGAAAAUACAGAGGCUCCAGUACAAAACAGUACUCCUGACUAUAGCGAAGAAAAAGUCGUGAGCAAUCCAAUUGGCUCAUUACAAGAAUUAUGCAUGUCUUACCAUUGGCCACCUCCAAAGUAUUCAAUGGAAGAUGAGGAAGGUCUUCCGCAUGAAAGGCAAUAUACAAUUGUGUGUUCUAUUCUAAAACAUCGUCAGUUUGGACAAGGGAAAAGCAAGAAAUUAGCAAAGAGACAAGCUGCUCAUAAAAUGUGGCAGUCUUUACAAGAAAAUAAUGUAGAUGAAGACGAGGUUGCACCAAAAAAUACCAAUGUCAGCCCUCAUUAUGCGAAUUUAAAAGACAGUAAAAUUGCAACAUUGACUACGACACACGGUAUUAAAGUCUCACAGUUUCAUAAGAAUUUGAAAUCUGCUACCGGUGAUAAACUCUUUGAGCUUCAAAAUACUUGUUUAAAUGAUGGAGAUGUUAAUUUAGUACAAUUCUUACAAGAUAUUGCUUCAGAACAGCAAUUUGAAGUAACUUAUGUAGACAUUGAAGAAAAGUCUAUUAGUGGAAAAUACCAAUGUCUUGUUCAAUUAUCUACGCUUCCGGUUGCUGUGUGUUAUGGCUCAGAUGUGUCAAGUAAAGAUGCUCAAGCUGCGGCUGCUCAAAACGCUCUUGAGUAUUUGAAAAUCAUGACUAAGAAGUGA